GUAAAAUUGCUCGUAACAGGAGCAGAAGAUGGAAUCGACGAUGUUUUGUCGCUCUACGAUUUUACGAUCCCAGAACACGCGCCAAAAGGACACUUACGUGUAAACUAUGGGCUAAAAGAAGCAUUACUUCAGGCAACGGACACGUAUCUGGAUAUAAAAGUAAUAAGCAAAAUUCGCCCACACAUGACCAAAACAGUUACGGUGCACAUCACGGUCAGUAACCAAGCUGGUAAUGCGCUGCAGUGGCUGCACGAUCCCAUAAAUCUUGUGGUACCAGAAAACUCACCAGCGGGCACGUUUAUUGGUAUUUUGAGGACGAAUGAACUGCAUGGCAGUGAAAAAGAAAGCAGUGUAGAGUACAGGCUUUCAGGACAUCCACGCGGAAUAUCGGUGGAUAGCCACACUGGAGUAAUUCGUGCCACGGCUCCAUUCGACUAUGAAGAAUGGCUGCCCGAUCCCAUAAAUCUUGUGGUACCAGAAAACUCGCCAGCGGGCACGUUUAUUGGUAUUUUGAGGACGAAUGAACUGCAUGGCCGUGAAAAAGAAAUCAAUGUGGAGUAUAGGCUUCAAGGACAUCCACGCGGAAUAUCGGUGGAUAGCCACACUGGUGUAAUUCGUGCCACGGCUCCAUUCGACUAUGAAGAAGCGAGUAUGUAUAGUUUUAAAGCAGUAGCACAGCGAGCUGAUGAUGCCGAAACUUCGAUGGAAUGUGAUGUUUUCCUGUUUAUCAGUGAUAGAAACGAUAAUCCACCAAGGUUCCGCUCUCAUGACAGCGAAGUGCGGAUUUCGGAAAACACAGCUCCAGGAUAUACAGUAAUCCAGCUUGAAGUUGACGAUCUAGAUACAGCCGUAGCACAGCGAGCUGACGAUGCCGGAACAUCGACGGAAUGUGAUGUUUUCCUGUUUAUUAGUGACAGAAACGAUAAUCCACCAAGGUUCCGCUCUCAUGACAGCGAAGUGCGGAUUCCAGAAGAUACAGCUCCAGGAUAUACAGUAAUCCAGCUUGAAGUUGACGAUCUAGAUACAGACAAUGAAUUCAUUUAUGAAAUUUCCGCGGUCGGCAAUGAGAGAGGUUUGUUCGGCAUCAAACCGGACGGACAAAUUUUUCUAUUAUCAUCAUUGGAUCGCGAGCAAGAAGCAUUUCAUCAUUUGGCUAUCACUGUAUACGAUAGAAAAAAUCGGGAAUACGCUCUCAAAGCAACAACAUCCGUGAAAAUAAUAGUACUGGAUGUGAAUGAUAACGCUCCUCAGUUCACUUCACCUACAAAAUAUUUUAUCAGAAAUCAAAUAGAUACUGUGGAACAAAAUGAAUUUCGAAUUCUAGUUGAAGCAACAGAUUAUGGCUUACCGAAGAGGUUAUCAUCAGCGACCUGGAUCACUGUUGUUGUACUUGGGAACAGUAAAAGAUUGCCUACUUUAAAAAAAAUAUAUCAUGCAACAGUGCACGAAGGUGCACAAGUUGGGCAAAUUGUGGCUCAGAUUAGCAACGUAAGUUCUUCAGCAGCUGCCGUUUUUGGCGUAAUGUUGAAGAUAGAAGAGACGCUUUUUUCCAUCUAUAAUUACAAAUCAGCUUUUAGAAAUAUUGGGACAAAAGUGUAUUACGUAUCAUUGCUUCUCAGUGUCAAAAGUGUGUGUAAGAAUCGCACAGUGUACGCCGUAGUGUCAUAG